AUGUUCACAGGGCAUCCUUUUGAAAAAUUAAAUGAAGACCAGAAAUCACGGAUUGUCGGGGGUGUUGAUGCUCCCGAGGGAUACGCCGCACACAUGGCCGCCCUCGUUUGGGGCGAUACCGUUAAAAGCCUGAUGUGUGGAGGCUCCAUCGUGUCGAAACAGCAUAUACUCACCGCUGCACAUUGUAUUGAUCCCAUGGUCAUGUGGGGUGGUGAGUUGAUGUCAUCAUUCCACGCAGUCGUAGGGUCGAAUCAAUGGAAUUCAAACAAGACCAUUGCCAAAUUCAGUCACCACGUCAACCAUCCUAACUGGGAUUGGGUUACUAUCAAAAACGACAUUGGAGUUUUGAUGCUUGAGGAAAAGUUGGAACUAAACGCCAGGGUGGCUAUUGCGCCCUUGAGUUUUGAGUGGGUUCAUGGCGGCACACCGACCUCUGCCACUGGAUGGGGUAGGAUUGGGACCUGGUCUUCUAUACCUUAUAAUUUGCAACUUCUACAUAUGGAAACCAUUUCUCCACAACUUUGCGCUGAAGCCAUACGCGAGGCGUCGCAGACUUGGGGACCAGCACCGCCCUUGAAUUCUGAAGUGGAAUUAUGCACUUUUCACUCCGUCGGACAUGGCAUGUGCAAUGGUGAUUCCGGCAGCGCAUUGAUAUCCAGAGAGACGGGAUGUCAAAUAGGUGUCGUGUCGUGGGGCUUCCCCUGUGCCAUCGGAGCGCCUGACGUGUUUGUGAGGAUCAAUCCCUACAAGUCAUUUCUUCUUGCUACUAUAGGAGAUAUAAUAAAUUCAUUUUCCUGUAAUAUGCCUAUUGAAUUGUAA